AUGCUUACUGAAGAAGGUGUCGAGAGUGCGUCUUCUUCGUCUACAACAUACUACGAAAGUUCUUUAAGUAUGAAUCGUGAAAUUGAUGGACGUAUUGCAUCACUUUUAUCUUCCCUACGAUUAACGUCACUUCGCAUUAACGUACCUCAAGAUGGAGAAGACGAAUUCUUAAAAAAAAUUCAUCGUCAGCUAGAAUGGCUAGUGAAUGAAGAACCUGAUAAUCAUAGGAGAAGACGUCUUCGACAUAUUUUGCCUGCAGCUAAUUGUGUACGAGAGCAACUUUUUGUAUUACGACGUUACUCACAUAAUCCCACUAUUGCUUCUGGUAAAAAUUAUGCAGCACAUAUACAUGCAGCAUUGACAGCGAUCAUGAAAGAAUCCUUCGAAGAAGAUUAUCGAAAAUUAGCCAUAGUAGUUGGUGUUUUGGAUGCAGUUGCGGAAUUACUAAUAUUUGAAGUUAAUGUUUUUGGCAUUGAUUGUCCAAUAGAGAAUCGUACAAUUAGGAAGUUGAUAGCAAGUACUCUAACAAAUUUAACGUUUGGAAAUGCCCACAGUAAACGUCGUCUAUGCUCUCAUCCAAAUCUGAUAGAAUAUACUAUCAAAAUCAUUGAUGAUUCUCGUGGUCUUUCUCAGGUAUAUGCUGGUUUAUUACGUAAUUUAUCUUGGAUGGCAGAUGCUCAAAUGAGUGCUACUUUAGCUCCAUCAGUUCCAGCUCUUGUACGAGCUUCUCUACGAGCAUAUCAUACAGCGGAAACAAAAUGUUUAUGUGCUACUCUUUCUGCUCUUUGGAAUUUAGCGUCUCAUUCACGAGAUAAUAAAAAGGCUUUAUGUGAAGAGCCGAAUUUUUUAGAAAUGCUUGUAGAAUUGUCUACAAAUGAUGCGCGAUAUACGACACUGGUUGAGCCUGCGACUGGCGUCUUAAAGUAUGCAUCUAUGUAUAUGGCUGUAGUUGGUUCAGACCAUUAUCUGUCUCCAAGUGCUGUUCAUAUGAUGAUGUUUCGUCUAAUGGGUCUUUUAAAUAGUCCAUCGUUUACUGUUAUUGGAAACGUCUUAGGGGUGUUGUCGCAAUUGCUGGCCAAAGAUCUUCAGCUACGAUCUCAUAUUGUAGUAAAUCAAAAAGCUAUGGUAUUACUAAAUCAUCUUCGCAAUUCUACUCGUGAUGACAUCCGUAACCCAGUUAAAACUGUUUUGAAUUAUUUGAAUUCAUCAGAUGUGUCUGGAACGUAUGCUUCCGCUUCAACGCAACCUCAUUCGCAUGGUGGCAUGUCGUCUUCUUAUACUGGUACAGCGACCAUUGUUCCAUUUUAUUCUGAUUCAUCUCGGCUAUUAAAAUAUCGUUCAUCUCAUUCUCAUACUGCUAGUGCAUUGGCCGGAAACAUGAACAAUGCUCUCAAAACUGAAUUUUUCCCGUAUUCUUCAUGUGGCUCAUCUGUGCAGCAAGGUUUCGCUCCUCGCCCGGGUGAUCGUUCUCAUCAUCAAGAACAGUUUGCAUCUCUUCCACGUCAUUUUUUUCAGAAAACUAAAAUUUCAAAUACUGCCUCUAAUGGAAAUGAUGAUAAGUAUUUCGAACAAAGUAAAGUAGCAGCGCAACUUUCGUCUUCAAUACAAAGUCUUUGCUUUAGUGACACUGUUACAACUGCCCUGUAUCCUAUUCGUCAAGAGCAAGUGACCAAUUCGAAUAAUUCAAGAGAUAUUAAUACUGAAAAUGCACAAAAUCUUAGUUUGGAAGAUAAUGGGAAUAGAGAGGAAUUACGCUGUCUGGACAGGCCUGAUGAUCCUUCUUUUGAGGUCGAAGAUAGUGUACGAUGUACUCGUUGCACCAGUACACAGUCUCUUUCCUCACUUCUACCGGGAGAAAAAAGUACGUGGGAUAGUUGUAACAAUUCUGCAGCCGAAAGCAAUCGUUUAUCUCCUCUUAGUGCUACUGAAAUUCCUGAUUCGCCUACACACUGUGCACUUGUACGUAAUUCAACAACACUUUCUGCUCGUAAUUUGGAUUUAACUGCGAGUACUGAGGACCAGGUAAACAGUGAAGCUAGUCCAUCUAAAAAAAAACAGCAUCAAGUUUCAAAGUCAGAUCCUGUGCUCACAGUGCCUAAUGUGCAAAAAUCAUCUGAUGGAGACGGCAGUUCUAAUACUGGAGAUGGAAAAACAGAGGACGAUUAUGGAAGUUUCUUAGGUCGUGCUGAUUCGGAGUUGUUGAAUCAAUCAAUUGAAGAUGCAAUGCCUAAAAGAGUGGAAAUCAACGAAGAAUUUUUAGCUGAUAUGAUUGAACAAGCACAACCAAAACCAUCACCUGUAAAACAUUACAAUAGUGCUGGAGGGCGAAAUUUCAUAAAAACAACUGCUUAUUUUUAUACAAAAGUCGGUUUCAUUUUAGCAGGCAGCGACGACUUUUUGCUGCAAAGUAUUGCCAGCGUAUUACCCCAGAAUUCAAGCUCUUGGAAUAGUCCCUCAGGCGUAGGAUCACCUCCAAAAAAAUCGAAAGCUAUGGCGAACGAUACUGUGCGCACGUCAAGUGGCCCCAAGCGUACUUCAAAUGCGGUUUUUUCAAGUAUGCACAAUCGUCUCAUUCACAGCUGCUCUGCCAUACAAACAAAAGAAUUGCGGCCAAAUAAUAUAAAUUUGAAAUCGAAAUUUGAAAGUAAAACGUCGGAUUCGCCCAUUUCAUUCGAUGCAGCAUUAGAAAAUUCUUUCAUUGAUGGUCCAGGAACUUCUGAAAAAACUGAAAGUGCUUUGUUAUUGAUUCAUCAAUAUUCUAGUGAUAAUGAUAAGGAGACUAUGAUGUUAAAUGAGGAUAACUACAGUCCUUUAACUGAUAACAUUUGUGCUGUGGACAAGAAUAUUCCUCAAGAUGUUGACGAGGAUUUCCAUGCGGAGCAACUCAUAAUUGAUUGUAGUGUUGUAUCAGAUACUGUCAAACAAACUUGUGUGAGGCCAUUUCAGAAAGAGAAGUAA